AUGCCCCCAGGCUUCACAGGGUUCCCAAAUCUGACAAAGCUGACCCUGUUCCAUGUAGGCUUUCCAGAUGGUCCGAGGGAGUUGGAAGCGUUGAUUUCUGUAUCCCCAUUGCUUGAAAAACUGUCCCUUCUGUUCUUAGAGACCAAUGAUCUUCCAUCCCUUGAGGAAGCACAAAUUCAUGCUGCAAUGUACUCUACUCACCGUGAUUUCAUCAAGCUUAUGACAGGAUUGGAACGCACCAAGAUGCUCAACAUCACCAUACCGGGAUGGAGCGAUGGUUCACAGGUAGUCAAUGCAGAUGACAAAUUUUUGAAUGCUCAGUGGGUUGAUGCAUGUGGUCCUAUCAAUACAUCCACUGAGAAUGCUGAGGUGGGAGAGGUACAGACAACAGGCCGAGAGCAUGGCUCUAUCAACACACCCGCUGAGAAUGCUGAGGUGCAAGAGACACCGACAGAAGACGGCAAGCGUAGUUCUAUCUCUACAUCCACUGAGAAUGAUGAGGCGGAAGAGAGACAGACAAUACGCAGCGGGUGUGCGUCUAUCAAUACGUCUACUGAGAAUGCCAAGGUGGAUGAGACACAGACAACGUGCAGCGAGCAUGGAUCUAUCAAUACGUCCACUGAGAAUGCUGAGGUUGAAGAAAGACGGACAGCAGGCAGUGAGCUGGUGAAUGAUCAACACUCUCAGAGGCGGCGACGGCUGGAUCUGGAGUCUGUAGCGCAGCUGGAGCAGCUGGAGGUGGAUAUGCGAGAACUGCAGGAGGACAUGCGGCUGCAUCUUGACUGCAGGAGACUGGAACUUGAGAAUAGGACAUGGAGGCUUAAUUCUGUCAUUGAGAAUCUGAAGUUCCGAUCUUGCUUCAAGGAGUUGUCUGAGCGUGCCAAAAUUAGUCUGCCACCAUUUCCUGAGCCUUCAUCGGUCCUAUCAUCGCUUCUUGCCACGUCCAGAACUGGAGAUUCUCCUGUCAAUCUUGGUGACAAUGGUGCUGCAAGUGGUCAUGUGGAUUCUUCAAAAGACCAUGGUGUAAAUGGCGCUUCCAGUGCUCAUGCGGAUUCUUGAGAUGACCAUGUUGGCAAUGGUGCUAGCAUCCCCCGACUCUUCAGGGUAGCAUGCCGUGUCUGAUUGGUUUCAUGAUUCCAGUCCUCUCCCGGCAUUGGUGCUUCAGUGCUUACUGAACAACGUACGAUUUGCUUCUGUGGUGAACUAUGAUUGACAAGGCAUUCCACAUUUGUUGUCUCAGAAUUUGACGUCCAAUAUUGUUCCCUAUCGUUA